AUGACCGUCACAUACUCGCGCAGGGUUGCUGAUGCAGGUCUGGGGACCUUCUUUCACCUGCUCCUGCGAUGGAAAGGCAGCAUCUACAAACUGCUCUACAGAGAGCUCAUCAUCUUCACUCUCCUCUACUACUUCUUCAGUAUUGUUUAUAGGUUUGUGUUAAAGGAUGACCAGAGGAGGCUGUUCGAGAAGUUCUCAAUAUACUGUGACCGCUACGCAGAGCUCAUCCCUGUGUCCUUUGUGCUCGGUUUCUAUGUCACCCUGGUCGUGUCCCGUUGGUGGGGCCAGUUUGAGAACGUCCCCUGGCCGGACCGCCUGGCAGCAUUAGUGGGCGGCCAUGUUCGUGGAGACGACGAGGCCUCAAGGCUGACCCGACGAACUCUGAUGCGAUAUGCCAACCUCUCCGGUGUGCUGAUCUACCGCUCUGUUAGCACAGCCGUCUACAAGAGGUUCCCCACCAUGGAGCACCUGGUGCAGGCAGGGUUGAUGACGUCGGAGGAGCUCAGGCAUCUGGAGGAACUGCGCUCUCCUCACAACAAGUUCUGGGUUCCCUGCAUGUGGUUUGUCAGCCUGGCUCUGAGGGCUCGGACUGAGGGUCGCAUCAACAACGACGUUGCACUCACAGCCCUUCUUACUGAGUUGAAUAGUUUACGGGCAAAGUGCAUGAAGCUGUACGGCUACGACUGGAUCAGCCUGCCUCUUGUCUAUACUCAGGUGGUGACAGUGGCGGUGUACAGUUUCUUCCUGGCUUGUCUGAUUGGCCGUCAGUUCUUGGAUCCGGCUCAGGGUUACUCAGGUCACGAUCUGGACUUCUACCUGCCUGUCUUCACCCUGCUGCAGUUUUUCUUCUAUGUUGGUUGGCUGAAGGUGGCUGAGCAACUCAUAAAUCCUUUUGGUGAAGACGAUGACGACUUUGAAACCAACUGGCUCGUUGAUCGCAAUUUACAGGUGUCCUUGCUGUCUGUGGAUGAGAUGUACGACAGCCUGCCGCUGGUUGAGAGGGAUAUGUACUGGAAUGAGUCUGAACCUCAGCCUCCCUACACUGCUGCCAGUGCUGAACAUCGCAAACCCUCCUUUAUGGGCUCGGCCCUGGACAUCAGUGUUCCUAAGGAGGAUAUGGAGUUUCAGUCCAAUCUGGAGCAAAUUAAAGAACACGAGGAAGCCAACUACUCCACCCCGCUGCUCGGAGGGCUGGGUCGUCUCCUUGGUGUCCAGUCUCUUAACUUCCCUCGCUCCUCCCGGGUCUCUCUGCUGCGCCGCCGCCCCGGAGCUCCACAGAGCCGCUUCCCUCUGUACCUGCACCAGGAGCCUCUGAGUCAGAGCCGCCAUCCUUUCAAUCGUGAGGGAGAUCCAGACUAUGCCUUCUCCACCAUGCCCUUGUAUGAGCGACCAGGGUUCUACAGCUGCCCACAAACUCCCAUUCACUGCGUGCCCCCAACACCGCAGCGCCCUCGACCCGCCCGGCGAAAUCAGAACGAGUGGAACCACAGCUGCAGCUCCCUCGCUCCUCCAAUGGUGGGCUCACAGAUGCUGCCUCCGGACUCUCCCAACCACGUCCCCCAACCACCCUCCUCUGCUUUCCCCUGGCUCAGUGGGGAUGGUGAGGUGCCGAAUGCCCCUACCUUUUCCUUCCCAGACCCCCCACCUCAACUCUGCCCCAUAUCUAAAAUCAGACCCGGACAAGGCCUACUGUCUCGCCGCCCUCCACGCUUGACUCUGGACACCAUCCACUCAGCUGACAGCCAUCCCGGACCCCAAAGUGCUCGGGCGGCAGGAAGUGGAGCAGAAAGGGUGUUCUCGUUCACUCCUCCCUCUCGCACAGCAGCAGCAAAUCCCAGUAAUCCCACCAGCAGCUCUGGCAGCAUUAACGCAACAAGCACCAACAGCGCUGGCACAACAGGAAGUCUCUGCAACGGUACGAGUCAGACUAAUUUUAGCAACCAAGGGAACUUCAGCAGCAGCAUGAGGGGCAGCAAUGGGGGCAUCAACGGCGGGCCGAGCAACAACAUGAACGCAGUUUCCACUUCGGCGUCAGCGCAGCAGGAAACCAAUCAGCAACACUCACCCAAUGAUUCAGGAAUCUCAUUGGCCGAAGGGGACCUGCUGGGCGUUCUGGUGGACAGUGGCGUGAACAAAGCGGCAGGAGCGAGAGAGGACUGAGAAAACAAGGUGUGCCAUACUGCUUUGCAUCACAUUUGGCAUGCAAAAUAUUUCAC